AUGAUCCUUGGCCCGGUCAGUCUGCUGGACUGUCUGGUCUUUGUUAUCUUUUUGAUACCUCAGCUGUUUUACCAAGGUGGCCUUUUUUCGACGCUCCUGGUGGUCGUCAGGGUCAUUCCUUUUUUGCUCUUCCAGCUGCCUGUCCAAUUCGUAUAUGAGAGGUAUUAUAUUCAACGCGAGAGGAAGUCACCCUUCGCUCGCAACGCAACGACCUUCCAGGAUAUUGUCAUCCGUUGCGUGCGUUAUGCAUUUGCAUACAUUCCUGCGAGCAUUGGUCGAGUUUUCUUCUCCAAAUGGGUAGCCUACCCUUUCUUUCGUUUUCGACUGCUGCGACACGGCUACCUCAGAAGUCCUAUUUUCUUUAGAGAGAUCGUUAGAUCUGGUAUUCGGGGUUUGUGGAUCAUCCCCGAUGAGAAAGCCGAGCCUGAUAUCAUCCUAUAUUACUGUCACGGAGGAGGCUUUUCAAUGGGGUCUGCGUACUUCUACCUCGAAUUCCUUAUGGCGUGGGUGACUCGGCUGAAAGAAAGAGGUUUCAAGAAUCCUGCUUGUUUUGCGCUGGAGUACACCUUGGUACCAGACGAUAAGUGGCCUAAGCAGUUUGACGAGACACGGAUCGGAUAUGAUUUGCUCCGAGAGUCAUUUGGCGACGGGAGUGCAGCCAAAAUAUGUGUCAGUGGUGACUCGGCGGGAGCGACUCUGAUUUUGAGUAUGCUGUUGCAACCAGGAGCGAUCGAGCAAGAAGCGCAGUAUUCAGCACUAGAUCGACCAGGGCUUGCAGUGCUCCUGUCACCUUGGACACAUUUGAUCUCCAGACUGAACCAAAACACGGCAAGCGACUAUCUUGAUCGAAACAGCCUCCAUCUCUAUGCCGAGCAGUAUGGUGGACAAGGCGCAAAGACUGAUGAGAUCAUCUCGCCGGGUCUGAGUAUCUCCCGCUGGAGACGAGCAUCGCCGGAACACGGAUAUCGUUUCAUCUAUGGGUCAGAAGAGGUGUUUGCGCCGGGCAUCGAUGAGACCAUUGACAACAUUCGAAAAGACGGUGCUCUGGCCAAAGCGUACAAACAUGAGGCUGGGAUACAUGCUUGGCCAGUGGUCAAUUUGUUCCUUGGCGAAAGUCGGGAGCAGCGGCUGGAGGGGCUUGACCUUAUGGUCGAGUGUGUUUUGUCCUCCGGAUUGGCGCCGAAAACGUAA